AUGCCGUUACCACCUUAUACCUCAGUUCCGAUCAUUAACGCUCUUGUCAUACGUGCCGCUGCCCAAGGCGCCCGCUUCGACAAAGCACAAGCAAUGCUGUCAGGGAUUCUCAACUACUACUUUCCCAUUUCAGGUGGCUUUCUCGUGGCGUUCAGCCAGGACCGCUAUCGCGUAUUCCCUCCCUACUUCUACAUUCGCCGAAUGGGCCGUUCUCUUCAAAGCGUAACAGAGCUUGAGCAUUACGCCAUGGUGUUGAUUCUCAACAACGUGGAAAGCGAAGUCUGGACAGUGGAGCUGCUUCGCAUGUUGCAAACGGUUGUUCCGGAGCACCGAGGAUGCUGGGUCAUUAUAUUUGACAUGGGGGAUAUGAAGUUUUUCAAGUAUCACCAUGGCCCUGUGCUGACUUCCACGAACUUGAUUCCCUUCAAUCAGUCCGGACUUGCUUCGGGCAAGCUUAACGUCCAGCGGGACGAUGAUGCUAUCGACCGAAUUUUUGGUUACAUUCUGCAGAAUGAUCCAUAG